AUGGCAGAGGUGUGGGUGGUGGCGUGGCAGAGGCGGGAAGGGGGAGGGUGGAGCUGGCGUGGCAGGGACGAGGAAGUGGAGAGGUCAUGGCAGAGGGGUCACGAGAAGAAGCUCAUGCUUGCGGUCAGGCAGCUCAAGGACAUCAAGUCCGGCAAGGUCAAGCGCGCGACCUCUGCCGCUGCCGCCGCCGCGGACCGCCCGAUGUCGUGCGAGAUCCUCACCACGUCGCUGCCCCCUGUUCCCGGCUCGGCGCGUCUGUCCCAGCGAUGGCUGUCGGCAUCCACGUACUCGACUGAAGGAGAUCACAGAUCUUCGCGAAGGCGAGAACAUCCGUGUCGCAUGCGAGAGACCUAAGUUCACGCAGUUCGCACGUUCUCAGCGUCUGCGC